AUGGAAUUUCUAAGAACUGAUCCUAAAGUUAACGAAAUAGAGUUGAUUACAAAAAUAGUGCUAUGUGAUGAAGAUUUAUCUUCAGUAAAAUUUUUUUCAGAUGGAAACACUAUUAGCGCCACUAGUUUUCCAACUGGUCAAUUUUUCUAUAUUGACGAUAAAGUGAUUGACUUACAAAAUAUACCAUUAGAUCGGCAAUUAAGAAAUAUUAAAACAUAUGUGUGUGAAAACCAUUGUAUUAUAUUUAGUCCAAAUGGCACUUAUAGCCUUUAUGAAUUUGAUGAUGAUGGACAGUGGAAAAAAAUUAUUAUGGUAAACUGCAGUCAUUGGUUUCUGGGGUUGAUAGCUGCUGAAUUCGAUGUAAAUAUCUGUAACAUAUUAACACUAAGUGAUCAAGGAAACUUUGUGUGUACAAGCUUAAAAGGCACUUUUAAUCACAUAAAUCGAAUUUAUAAAAUCAAUGAACCAAUUAUUGUGGACAAUUUUAAAACGAAAGGAAUUGGUAUUGAGAAUGAACUAGAAUCUCCAAAACGUAUGACUUGGUUAAUGAUUAAUAAAGAAAACGAAUUGAAUGCAAGUAAAGUGGCAUACAGUAACCAAAAAAAUAAAAUAAUUCAAGAUUUUGAAAAAAUAAAAACUAAACUACUUCAUUUAUUUGAAACAAAUAUCAAUAAACCAAAUUGCAUGCAAAUAAAUAUAGAAGAAUUCGAUUUAAAUGUAGAUUAUACACUAAGUUUUAAAAAAAAGUGUAAGAUAGAACGUAAAAAAUACGAAGAAAAAAAUCUUGGUGACAUUUCCAAUUUUAAAAUAGAAACUGAAAAUAUUAUAAAGGAAAAAUGGGAAACUUUAUUUAUCAAACCAAAAUCUAUAUAUUGUUUAAAAAAUAUAUAUAAAGUAGAUAACUAUUCAAUAAGCACAAUAGACGAAGAAAUAACCAAUAAGGCAAAUAAAAUCAUAGAAAAAAGAAUAUUUAUCAAAGAUAUAUCAGAACAAAUAUCCACAGAAGCUUUAUUUUUUAAAGAUAAUUUUGAGGUAUUGGAUGUUGAAUCAAAUUCAGAAUUAAAUUAUAAAUAUAAUAAUGAUGUAUCAAUAACGGGUUCAAUGAGUUAUAAGUUGGUUGAAACUAUAGAUACUCUAAAUUCUCAAUACAAUUAUUAUAGAUUAGAAAUUGCCGAAGAUGAAAUUAUUUUACUUAAAUUUAUGAUUAACAAAUUAAAACAUAGAUUUAAUCAGCUAUUUGAUGAUUUGUUUAUUGAAAAACAACGGCAAUUAGAUAAUUUGAAGGAAUAUCAGGAUAGGUUAAUUGUAAUUGAAACUGAAUUGAAAUUAGCGUGCAAAGUUGAAUUAACUGGAUAUAUGCCAGUAAAUUUUAAAUGGAAUAAAUAUGAACAAACCGAAACACUGUUAUACGUUAAUGAUGAUGAAGUUCCUGUAGAACUGUACCAUUCUAGUAAUAUUGAAAUGUCAAUCAAUGAAGAAAAAAAUAGUAAAUUGUUAACAUUGGACAACUUUAAACAGCAAGCAUUGAUGAUUAUGAUGGAUGGAGUGCUGGAAAAAAGGUGGGAAGAUGAGUUAAAAAAAGAUGUGCCUAAACCUCAAUGCAUGGUAUUAAAUAAAAAUCCAGAAGAAUUUACAGCUGACGAUUUCAAGGCUAUUAAUGUUUAUGAAAAACUAACUUUAAUUCUGAAUGAUGAAAGAAUAAAAUACAAAAAUAUUCUUGAAGAAGAAAAAAUUAAAAUCUACUAUCAUAUAGAACAGAUUAUAUUGGAAUUUGAUAACAAUGUAUUUAUGCUAUUUCAAAUGAAAUUGAAGUAUAAUUCAGCUAUCAACCAGGAGCAUUUAAAAAUUCUUAGGCUUUCAAAAAUUUUAAAUGAUAACGAUCAACGAAAACGCCAAAUUAAAGAAUACAAUGAAAUCAUUUUGAAGUCAAGAGAAACUAUCAUGGAAAUUGAAGAAAUUAUUGUGGAAACGAAUAAAAGUAUAACAAAAACCGAGCCAACUUCUUUGCUAAAUUCUAUAGAAAUAUUGGAUCAUAAAAGCAACAACCUUAAUAAACGUUUUAAAUCUGAGUUUCCUUCCAAACUUAAAUACGAACAAGCGUUAAUUGCCUACAAUCGGAGACCUAAAAUGCAUGGCAAUAAAAAUUAUUCUUCAUUACUUGGUUACCAAUUUGUCGACACUAUAAUGGAUCCAACAAAUGAUAAACUACAUAAUUUGACAACAGAGUUCGUUGAAUAUUUAGAUACACUAAAUAUGUAUGACGACUAUAAAUAUGUAGAAGAUUUUAAAUUGAAUAUGAGCAAUGAUACUUGGCAUAAAGUUUGCAAUUUUAGACGUAUGAAAAUUGAAACUGAAUUUAAUAUCAAUACUUGUCAAAAACACGCAAUAGACAACGAUUAUUUAAUAGAAAAUUUAAAAUACAGUAAAAAAAACAAGGAAACAAUGAUUGAGGAAUUAAAGAUAUCUAUAAUUAGACUGGAAAAUCAAGCUUCUUAUUAUGAAGAUAACCCCGAGAUUCAAUUAGUAAUAAAACAAAGAAAUGUUGAAACGGUUCUAACAGGAAACUUCGGUGAUUUUGAAAAUACAUCACUUAUUUCCAAAAAUACUAUAGAUGAAGUGAACACUGAAAUUAAAGAAAUGGGUAACUCUAAAAUCGAUACUGUAUCUAGUUUACUUAGAUUCAAAUGUAGACAUAGAUUAUUAGAAUGGGAAUAUGAAAUGUUAAAAAAUCAUAAAAUUCAAUUAUACACAUUUCGUUUUGAUUUUAUAACAUCAAUGAAAAUAACUGAAAACAUGUUAUAUUAUUUCAAAUUCAAAAUAAAAGGAAUAAAUAUUACUGAAAAAGCUAAGCAAAAUUUAGAUAAAGAACUAUACGCAAUUAAAUUUACUUACUUAAAAACGAAAGAAAAUCUUAAGUUGAAAUUAAAUGAUCUGAAUAAAGUAACGAGUAAAACUAAAAUGAGGAAUAAAAAGGCUGACGAAGACAUUGGCCAAAUGAAGUGGGAAUUAAAUGAAUUAAAGCGCCAAAUCAAUUUCAGUUUGAAUGAUAACCUGAUACAUCAUAGUGGUGAAAAAAUAAAAAAUAUUAUGAGAUUUGCAAAAAUAAAUAAAAAAGUUCUAGAAUUAAACAAAGAAAUUUCAGAAUUGGAGGAUGAAUGGGAACAAUUACAGCUGCUCCACGGAAAACAUCCAGCUAGAUAA